CACCGCCACUUCCGGCGGCGCGGGUCGCUGCAGGAGGCGGUGGGGUUGGCGGACGGGCUCGGAGUGGCGGCGGCUGGCGGAGGAGGGCGGCUUGCCCUUACUGCCGUGGCCCUCCUCCCCCGUCACACAGCUUUCAGACAGAGGAGAGCAGAAGCAAGACAAGAAGAGCAACGAAUGCAGCCAACUAGGAGUCAUGGAUCUGAAAUUCACUUCAUCAAGAAAAUACAUUUCCAUCAGUGUACCUUCCAAAUCUCAAGCGAUGUCUCCCCAUAUCAAAUCAGUAGAUGAUGUUGUCGUUCUUGGCAUGAAUCUCAGCAAAUUUAACAAACCUACUCAGUUCUUCAUCUGUGUUUCUGGAGUUUUCAUGUUUUAUCUAAUCUAUGGAUAUUUGCAGGAAUUGAUAUUUUCAGUGGAAGGUUUUAAACCUUUUGGUUGGUACCUCACUUUAGUGCAAUUUGGAUUUUAUUCCCUUUUUGGACUAAUAGAGCUGCAGUUAAUUCAGGACAAAAGGAGAAGAAUUCCUGGCAAAACCUACAUGAUAAUAGCCUUUUUAACAGUGGGAACUAUGGGUUUGUCAAAUACUUCCUUAGGAUAUCUGAAUUACCCCACUCAAGUCAUCUUCAAGUGCUGUAAGCUGAUCCCAGUUAUGAUAGGUGGGGUUUUUAUACAAGGAAAACGUUAUAACAUUGCAGAUGUGUCUGCUGCCCUCUGUAUGAGUCUUGGAUUAAUAUGGUUUACUUUAGCUGACAGCACUGUUGCACCAAACUUCAACUUGACAGGUGUGGUCCUAAUAUCCCUUGCCCUCUGUGCGGAUGCAGUGAUAGGAAAUGUGCAGGAGAAGGCUAUGAAGUUGCACAACGGUUCUAAUUCAGAAAUGGUUUUGUAUUCCUAUUCAAUAGGGUUUGUGUAUAUUUUAUUUGGAUUAACAUGCACUAGUGGAUUAAGCCCUGCAGUAACAUUUUGCUCAGAGCAUCCAGUUCAGACUUAUGGUUAUGCAUUCCUCUUCUCUCUGACUGGGUAUUUUGGUAUAUCCUUUGUUCUAGCUUUGAUCAAAAUAUUUGGUGCUCUGCUGGCUGUAACAGUUACCACAGGAAGAAAGGCAAUGACCAUUGUGCUUUCUUUCUUCUUCUUUGCAAAGCCAUUCACGUUACAGUACGUGUGGUCAGGCUUGCUGGUGGUCCUUGGUAUAUUUCUUAAUGUUUACAGUAAGAACAUGGAUAAAAUCAAACUGCCUUCACUGCAUGGUCUUUGGGAAAGAAGCGUCGAAGAGCGAAAAACAAGGACGUUGUCACAAACUGUGUAGAGAGCAGUUUAUGCCUUGUCUGGACUGUGACCUAGAAUCUUAUUUGGAACAGCCUUCGACUGAUUCACAUUUUCCAAAGGGAACAUUGUCAAAACCAAAGGAGCUGAAGGCAUGUCACCCCAUUGCAGAUUGCUACAAGUGCACAUUUCUGUGAGCCCUUUCUUCAGAGCACUUGAAUUCAUCGCUAAAGGUGGUGUAGGCCACUGUUAGGUGGCCUUAGGAGACAAUGAAGGACUGCAGCUCCUGGCAAGCUGCUGAGAAGCUGCACGCCAAGUGGGACACUGUAGAAGACUAAUUUGGGCAUUUUGAUAAUAUUGGCCGUGUGGCUGAUCUGAGGUUAGUGGUUCUUUGGUAAUUGUCUAGGAGGGGUAAUUUCCUUGUGAUACUGUAUCCACAUUUAACGGCACCUAAUCAGCAAGCGGUUGAUUGACCAAAUGGCCAUUUUAAAGGUGAAAGGUUUGUAGUAUGGUGUGUUGUCACUCUUUUUAAUUUUAAAUAAAAGUGUUGCUUUGUUAUUUUUAAGUUAUUGAUCAGAGCGUUGCAGAACUUGGUAUGUGUUGUAGUCCUUGACAUUUUUUGUGGAGAUCUUUGAGUGUUACUCUUCAGUUAUUGCUUGCAAGUAACAAAAAUGAGAUGGGGUUUGUGCUGUUAACACCCCUGCUCUUUCAAGGUGGGAAUGGUCUUUUAGCACUGAACAGGGUGAGAGCACAGAAUGAAAGGGGAAUGGUGGGACAAGAGGUUAUUUGCUUAUUCUGUGAUGAAAUACAGAAUUCUGCUGCCUCUCCAUAUCAUGGUAAAUAGAUGUGGAAGGCUUCUGCUCAGCUGUCAUUGAAUCAAAACUCUUCAGUAUCUGAGUAAAGAACAACAGCAUCUGCUGA